UCAGUUUGCAAAUGAGCGCUGUCAGAUACGAACAUCCCAAAAGCAAAUUCGUGUUCUUUUUUUUUUCUUCUUGAGAAAGACACCUCUCUGUGAAAAGUGCAGAGAUUUUUUUUCGGAGGAUGCUGGAGGUGUCUCAAAAGGCUGGAAAAGGUGAUGAGAAAAGUGAAAAAUGAACCGUGAAUGCGGAAAAUAGAAAAGUUUCUGUGUCAUCCUGCUCACCCGGAGCCCUAAUGUACGGACGACUUGUGAGGUGGGAUUGGAAGUGUGUGAAAUAUGAAGUAAAAGAAAAGUUGUGAUUUACCCAGGGUAUGAAGGGAUAGAGAGGGUAUGUGCAUAUACCAAUAGAGAAGUGCAAUUUCACAUGAUUCCCAAGUAAGUAUGAAUGGGAAAAAUUCUGUGCUUGGGGGAUAUUCUGGUGAAAAUUUAUGCGGAUUACUACUAGUUCAUUUCCAGUGAAAUUCCUCUCAAAGUGGAGAGACAGAAUAAAAAAAAGAAACCAGAAGAAAUCACCCCACAAUAUUGCUCUGUUUCAUACUGCAUCACCCACCCUCAAGCAAUGGAGUAAAUUAUUCACAUAAACAGGGGAUGUUGUCCAUGGGUUGUGAUGUGAGGAUGGCUCUUGAUGAGAAGUCAAUAAACAUGCCCAAAAUGUGAAUGGAAGUGUGUGGCAGGAGUGUUGCAGUUCUCACUAUAUUCCAGAUAUGAUAAAGGAGAUGUCGCUUGUGACUACUGAUGUUCCUCAGCAGCAUGACAAUUUCACAAUACAAUCGUCAGAUACACAAUUUAUCGGCUCUAAUUCUUCAACGUCCAUCAUCGAGCGAAUUACCGCCGCCGAUAAAGACAACAGCAUAUUAUUCAUAAUAGUUCUUUGUAUUAAGGGUUUUAUAUUUGGAACGAUUAUUCUAGGAGCUGUACUUGGCAAUGCGCUCGUAAUAAUUUCCGUUCGAAGAAACCGGAAAUUGAGGGUUAUCACAAAUUACUUUGUAGUCUCACUGGCAAUGGCUGAUAUGCUGGUGGCCCUAUGUGCAAUGACGUUCAAUGCAUCGGUGGAAUUAUCCGGACGAUGGCUUUUCGGUGCCUUCAUGUGUAACGUUUGGAAUAGUUUAGAUGUUUAUUUCUCCACUGCGAGUAUCCUUCAUCUGUGUUGUAUUUCCGUUGAUCGGUACUAUGCAAUAGUUCGUCCUCUUGAGUAUCCGCUGAACAUGACUCAUCGUACGGUUUUUCUCAUGUUAGCUAAUGUAUGGCUUUUGCCUGCACUCAUCUCCUUCAUACCAAUCUUUUUGGGUUGGUACACUACUGCGGCACAACUUAAGGAAAUGGAGGCGAAACCAGAUGAAUGUGUAUUCGUCGUCAACAAAACAUAUGCAAUAAUUUCGAGUAGUGUCAGUUUCUGGAUACCAGGAGUUGUUAUGAUUACCAUGUACUGCAGAAUUUACAGAGAAGCUGUUCGUCAGCGGAAAGCCCUAAGUCGAACGAGUUCUAAUAUUCUGCUGAAUAGUGUUCAUAUGUCUCAUACUCAGCAUAACAUGCAUCAUACUCAUCAUAUGAAUUAUCUGCAUCCCAGUGACUGUGAUUUAAAUUUGACUCUGAAGCAGCUACGACGUGAUAGUCACAGUUCCGUCAGCAAUAUCGAGAUACAAGUGUUUCCGUCAACGGAGAAGGAUGAUGAGUUAAGAGUUCCAUCGCCAAUUCCACCUCGUCGCCUAAGCCGCAGCAGUAUUGACUUGCGUGACUUGGAGCUGCAGCACGAAAAAAUGUCCCAUACAGAUUCAGCUCCAUCGAUCGUUGGCAUUGACAAAUACCUUAAGAGUUCAGACAGUGAACCAUUGAGGAUAAAGUCACAACAGCAACAGCACCAGAAGCUCAACAACUUCCUCCAACCCUUCUUCUCCAAGACCAACCUGAUACGUCAGCCUUUCGAGUACCUUCAUUCGAGCCUCAAUGGCAAGAGUCGUAAGAAUACACCAUCAGUGACGGACGAUGCAUCGAAGGCCUCCUUCGACAAUAUUGAUGAUGUGUCCUUCAAAGACUCCAAGGAUGACUUCAAAUAUACCAAAGUGCCAUUUGGGGCUCUCAGUGAUUCCGAUUUCCUGGCAUUGAAGCACAAACCCGACACCAAUGUCAGUUCAACUCUCUCGGAUUCUGAAUUUCUCAUCUCUUGUAGUCCAAAUGGUGGGAAUAAAGUCAAGAAGACUAGUGUCAAGAGUGAAAUGGCUAUAACUAUAAAGACGGACGUGAUUAAGAAUUUAAUUGGACGUGGUAAGAGGUCUAGUUUGUCCCAUCAACAGAGAUCCAGGGUUUUCAGUGAUGGAAACUUCGAAGAUGCCUCAACACAAAAGAGGAACAAUACCAAACAAUCUCGACCCAGGGUUCUCAGUGAAGGCAACGAAGCUCGAAAUGAUGCUGCAUUUGCCACUGAGAGACAAUCGGACACUCCUGAUAUUCUUAUAGGACUCCUCAAUUUUGGCGACAAUGAAGAGCGACAAUUCAGCAUUGAUGCCUGUGGAGAGGGUGAAGGACAAUUCGCCGAAAGUCUCACAGCAGAGGCGCCUAAAGUUGCUCCCAACAGUGUAAAUAUCAGUAUGAUUGAUUUUAUGAAUUCUUCCACAAAUGCCACACAAAAGCGUGAAGAGGGUCACACCAGGAGCACAGAUGUUGUUUUAAUUAGUGACAUUGUGUCACCAAAUAAGUUUUUGCUGAUGGACCUCAAUGAGGAGGAGCAUAAGAUCUCAAACAGCGGUAUCCUCGAGCCAAUUAGACAAUCCCUCCACCCGGAUGACAUUCCCGAUACAGCCGCAUUCACCUUCGAUGCUCCGCACAUGAGCAAUGCGUCCACCCUAUCCCUGGAUAUUGUCACGGGAAACUCAGCACAUCCGGCAAUACUCAGUGCCAAGCCAGAGAUCAUAAUGGAUUCUACAUUGACCACCACAAGUCCCACCAUGGCCCCUGGGGACGAUGAAGAUGGUCAGUUUCGGAGAGAGUCCAUAGAUGAGUCGAGUGGUAUGAAAUUAAAAUCACCAAGUGCUUUAUUGAGACGGGAUGAAACAGGAGCACGACUCAGACGACCAUCAGCUGUUACAUAUGACGUGAAUGUAAUAAAUUUCUGUCAGGAAAAUAACGAGGGAAACGAUGGCACAGUGGCACGUCGAUCAACCAGUUCCGCAAGUCCACAGCACAAUACUUAUUCCACUCCUUCUGCCACAACUAGCCAGAUUAGACGGGGCGGAAUUUGUGUCGUAAUCGAUGAUGAAUCCGGUUGUUGGGAAGAACAGGAUUCUUCGGCCAUAAAGCGUAAAAGAAAAUUAUGGUUUUUUUCCGGACGCGAUAACUUAUCAAGUCAGGGUGAUAGUUUUCAAACGACACCUAAAGGUGGAUCCGUUCGGCAAACAAAGGGUUGGCGUGCUGAGCACAAGGCUGCAAGAACUCUAGGCAUCAUAAUGGGUGUGUUUUUGCUCUGCUGGCUACCAUUCUUCCUCUGGUACGUUAUCACAUCACUAUGUCGGGAGGCUUGCCCAUGUCCAGAUAUUGUUGUGGCAGUUCUAUUUUGGAUUGGCUAUUUCAACUCCACCCUCAAUCCACUAAUUUAUGCAUACUUCAAUCGUGACUUCAGGGAAGCCUUCAAGAACACUCUCCAAUGUGUAUUUCCGUGCUGUAUGAAGAAGAGCCCCUAUAGUGCGUACUAUGUUUAAGCAUUUACGGAUCCUCCCCUUGACACCUACCCUCCCCUUGCGGUGUCCAAGAAGUGAGGAAUCAAACAAAAUGACAUUAGACGUUACACCAUCCUCCAACCCCAAAAAUCACACCAAUAUGUACUCUCAUAAAAAGUUUCCUGUGGUAAAUUAUGGAUAAUUGAGGACGCAAUACACGCAAUAAAUUAAUAAGAAUUAUUUGUAAUUCUUGUGAAUAUACAUAACGUCGAAAUUGAUUUAUAUAUAAUGUACUAGUUGUAUGUAUGAUACGUAGUUGAUAUACCGUAAGACACCACUGUUAAAUGGCAAUAAUAAUGUAAUAAAUUUUGAACAAUUGUCCAUCAGGUCAAAAUAAACGUAACGUAUAUUAGAUGUAUAUAAUAGACAAUGUGUAAUAAUUACGGUCAUAUACACAUAUAAAAUAACUUAUACGAGAAUAAAUAUAUCUAAAAAUAAAAAGGAUAAAAGAAGAAAUCGAAUUGCGAAAUAAACAAAAAUAAAUUUGUGAACAUUAUUGGAUAAAUAGAGUGGCGUGGCGAUUGUUGUAAGAGUAACGUCGUAAAAGUGAUUCUGAUAAGCAAAUAAGAAAAAAAAAACGUCAAUGUUUGAUGAAAGAGUUUUGUAUCAAUAUUGGACAAUUUAAUUUUCUCCAACUUCUCACACAAUUUGUUAAGGUUAAAUAGAUAUAUUACAACUGAGAAAAUCUGUAAAGCAAUUUAUAAAAUUAUUAUAUAAAUUUUUUAGGUGCGCAUUUUAUCAAUUCUUUAUCUUUCAUGAAUUUGAUAUAGACAUAAAUUAGCUGUGAUUAUAAUGUUUAUACGAUAUGAUUGCGUAAUCGUGUUUUUAAAACGCGAAUUCCACUAAUUUGAGAAAGAAAAGUCAUAAAAUUAAAAAAAUAGAUACAUACGUACAUACAUAAUGGAAUUCCAUAUUUGAUAAUGUUAAUAAGAUUUUGUUCAUGUCAUGAAGAAUAAAUCUUUGUUGAAGUUUCAAUAUAAUUUGUAAGGAAACAUAAUAAAUACUGGAAAAAAAGUGCUUAUA